AUGUUCGAUUCAAAUCAUACCUUAUUCCUUAUGUGUGAUGUACAGGAUAGUUUGUUAAAUAUUGUCAUGGACUCAAAUAAUGUUUGUUUGCGUAUCUCCAAUCUUCUUCAUUUAGGAAAAUCACUUGGAAUCCCACUGAUUGUUACAGAGCAGUAUUCCAAAGGUUUAGGCAAUACGACAAACAUUCUAGAUAUAUCUCAUGCAUUAUUCGUAGUUGAUAAAGUAUCAUUCUCCAUGUAUCAUGGAUUAGUUGCUGAAAAACUGGCUGAAUUUCGUAAUUACUCCAUUGUUUUAUUCGGAUUGGAGGCACACAUAUGUAUCCUUCAAACUGCUUUGCAUCUAUUGGAAGAAAAUUAUAAGAUCUUUAUUGUAGCCGAUGCAUGUAGCUCCCGGAGUGCUGUUGAUAUGAGAAUUGCUUUAAAGCGUUUAAUUUCAGCUGGGGCGGUAAUAACAACAACAGAAUCAUUGUUAUUCGAAUUGAUUAAAACAAAAGACUCGCCAUGUUUUGAUUUAGUUCGAAAAAUGGUACAAUCACAUCUACCAGAUCAUCCUGCUUUGAAUAACUUUUAG